AGAGAAAGACUGGGAGGUAUUGUCAGAGUUCUACGAUCUUCUUCUUCCCUUUCAAGAAGAGACUAUGCUGUUCCAAUCCCGCCGCCUGGGCGAUAUUGGGUGGGUGAUGCAGAGUCUUCUUCGGCUGACUUCCUGGUUCAAGGAUCAACGCGAUCGCCGGUCCCCUGACUCCGCUACCGCAGAUGAAACUCGACGACCUCAUCGUGUUAGCAAGCUGCCGGGCCAUUUGGAUGACUAUGAGGUUGAGUAUUCGUCACAACGGGCACACAGUCACAGUCAAGCCGCCUUAUCAGCUAGGUCACGCAACGAUACAAGGGAAUACCUUCGCCUUUGCUGCCAGCUAGCCCUGAAUCAGCUGGAGCGAUACAAGGAGCUGCUAGGCCAAACCCCGGUCUAUUGGGCUGCUGUUAUCCUUCACCCGUCCUUGUCAGCUCGUUGGGUUAGUCGUGUGGAGCCGUACAAGGCAAAUCUCAUCCUUGAACGGUUCCAACGGUUCUUCUUUGACGGUUGGGCUGUCACAGAACCGGUCUUACGCCCCAAGACCCCUGAGGAGCCUAACAAGUCGGAGGGUUGCCUGCCCGACCUCCUUCCCACGGAUUUCUAUAAGAAUACCGCCGAAGGGGAUGGGCCGGCUGUACAGGAGUUAAAGGCGUGGUUUGGCAAGGCCCCUGAAAAGUUUGACAACCUUUUGGCAACGGCAAGAACAAGCUUUCCCUGUGCUAACUCGAAUGGUAAUAGAUAUCCUCUCAAUACCUUCAAUGUCAGCAGAAUGCGAGCGUGUAUUUAGCCAAGCCAAGCUUACAAUGGGGCCGCAACGGUUGAGUAUAGUUGACGAGACUUUAGAAGCCAUUGAGUGUUUAAAAUACUGG